CAGGACUAUUCAGCCUGCCUUGGUCAUCAUCAGCCUUUGAACUGGUGCGGCUCCGGACCCAAAUCGGCUGAAUCGGCUAAAUACGUUCAACAUUGAGCUAUCAAGUUAAACUGGGACUAAAAUAACUAGUCAGCGUUGACGCUCCACGUAGUUAUCCAGAGUGAAGCCAUGGCCAAAAACAUGUCUCUGCUGUGGUGCUCCGGGUCUCCUCCGUGCUGGAUGGUGAUGAUCGCUCUCGCGGAGAAGAACCUGCAUGGAUACCACCAGAAAAGGCUCUCCCUCACCAAUAUGGCACACAGAACCCCAGAGCUCAUGGCAAUUAACCCCAGAGGACAAGUUCCUGCCUUCAGACAUGGAGAGCGAAUAUUGAACGAGUCCUUAAGCGCCUGCUUGUACCUGGAGUACCAGUUCAAGGAGCAAGGAAAUAAGCUGAUCCCGUCCUGCCCUGCGGAGCAGGCCAUGAUGUAUCAGCGCAUGAUGGAAGGCACCGUACUCUUUCAGAAGUCAAUAGCCAUAAUCCACCACUCAUCCAAGGUACCUAAAAAAGAGGAAUGUGACUCUGCAAUGGGAGAAAUCCACGAGGUGUUACGCGAAGAGGUCAAGCUGUGGGAAAGAUAUAGGAAGGAGUCAACAGGACCUUUCAUGUCAGGAAAGACAUUUUCCUUGUCUGAUGUAUCUGUUUUUCCAUCUAUUGCCUUUCUCUUCUAUUAUAGAUUGUCUACAGAGCGUUAUCCGAAAGUGGCAGAAUAUUACAACCUGUUAAAGGAACGUACAAGCAUCAAAAACACCUGGCCUCCUCACUGGCAGUUCAACCCCACAGGAAGAGCCUUAAUGAAAGCAAUCUGAGUGACACUGAGGACCACUGAUUUUGAGCAACAACAUUGUAAUCAUUGGGCUGGAAAAUUCAAUAAAACUGACAACUAAACGCCAGUUAC